GCACUCGCACUUGUACUUGUUUUGACUGAAUUAUUUUCAGCGCUUGCAUAGCGCAUGCACAUGCUAGCAAGCACCAAGAGUACCGGGGUACUGAAUGCUCUCUAACACCAGCAAGAGGACGAGGACACACCCAGGGAGACACUGUCGCUACUGAUCAGUUAGAGGGAAUCAAAAUGCUAGAGAGAGAAUACAUGUGCAUGAAAGACUUGAACUCUGCGGGGCUCUAACUGGUUCUUGAAGAAUGAAUGAAAACAAUCAGAGCCAGACCAAGAGCAGCUGCUCUGUUGGUGACAAGGUACUAGUGCGGUGGAAGGACUCUUACCAGCCGGCAGUCAUUAUAAAAACUGAUCAGCAGCAGUUCAUUGAAGUGAAGCUUAAUAUUCUACCAUAUUCGCUGAUCUUCUCAGUAUCUACGGACAACGAAGAGCCACUUUCACACAGAGAAGAUCUAACGAUAGUUUUCAACAAAGACCCUUCAAAAGAUAAACUAAUCCCUGGCACUAAGGUUCUAGUAAGAGCAUCUUUAGAUUCAGAAGAGUAUCAUUGUAGAAAAGUGUACCAAGUUGAGCCGGAUAGUAAUUUGUGUGGAGUUUUAGACAAUCAGUCUAUGUUAUCCUGGCAUCCCGUGCAAAACUUGAGAAUGUUAACUGGUAUGAAGUCUGUGAAGUGCACUCCUGGAUUGAUCAACAUGUACGGCACAGAGUACGAAGCGCCCUCCGCUUCACUCCCCUGUUCCAAUGGCUCCGAGGCACAAAAUGUCUAUCAAAUUGAUGUUUCUCCGUGCAGGCACUCGCAACAAUCAGACGGUCCAAAAGAAUCCUCCCCCACACCCACUUACGGUCCAAUGCAGACACUGGGCACUCUACCAAGAUCAUAUAUGGAGCCUGUCCCAUCGCAGCCGAUUAAUGAUUCUCCACAAUCCGUCGAAUUUGCCCAGCAACCGUUUUGUGCGACCUCCCCAUCCCAGCCCCUCUCCCACGGCACUCUACAUGCGGCACACUCCUCUAAUCUCCCGGUGUCUCCACAGGCCAACCAAGCUGUUCUACCUCCACUCGUGUCCCAAGCGGGGACAAUGCCUCAACCGCAGAUUGAUUUCUAUAACCCCGCAACAAGAGGACCGAGAGUGAAACUAAAGGACUUCAAAGGAGCUAAGAAAGGAGAAAUUAUUGUUACCCCAGAAGGUGUUAAGAAAAAGUUCAAUGGUAAACAAUGGCGGAGAUUAUGUGGAGUCGAUGAUUGCUGGAAAGAAUCUCAGAAAUGUGGACUGUGCUCUAAGCAUCUGAACUCUCCCACUCCGCCUCUGAUACCUAUGCCAAGACGUUCUCCAAGUACUAGUGUGAAGAGGAGUCUGUCCACUGAGUCUAGCAAGUCAGCAACAAUGGACUUUGAAUACAAACGCAGAAGGAUCCACUCUCAAAGCACUGUUCUUGCUCGUAACCACCACGGGAUUGAUAUGUACGCAAGUAGCAAUGGACUUUUACGCAAACAGUCGAUUGGAGAAGGAAGUAUGGAUCUUUCUCGUCAGUCGUGGGAGGAAUUCAGUGAGUCGGAACAGUUGGCUGUGGUUGGUCUGGCCUCACUGGGAAGCUCCAAGAGUAGUACUGCUUACUCACCCUCACCAUCGCCCCUCGUGACCUCUCCUCUCACGAACGAUGUCUUUGCUUACUCCUCACAGGCAAAUCCCAUUCGGUUCCAAGAUCUAACAGGGCGAUUUCAAUUCCAACACACGUACCCCAGACCAAAGAUGACGAGGCGAGCCCACUCUUCUGUGACCCACUCCAUACCUGUGGCACCACCUCACUUCCCUGGAUUUCCACACUCUGCAAGUUUCGCAGGACAAUUCUCUUACCCAAGCUCUACUGUGUAUCAAGCUCCUACCCAUUCUGUCAACACAAACUCUAGUAACUCCAACAACCUGAUGGAGAAGGAGAUAUCUGUCACCCAGGCCCAGAGCUCAACUGAGAUUGUAGUGAGCAGUCCCCACCAGACCACCUCUGCUGGCCCCAGACACAGUCCUGACAGUGGUGUCGCCAUGAGCACAGACUCCUCCUCUUUCUCACCGCAAUCACUCAUCGAGAAGAAACGCUCGAGUUCACUCUCAGAGCUAUCGGUUCCAGCCGUCACCAUUGCUGACGAGCGCCCGAACUCCGCUAACGCUGUGCUGGAUAAGGUACCAACCAGUGCCUCCGGUGAUGCCACUGGUACUGUUCCGUUAAACCACGAUCCUCUGAAACCUGCGAUGUCAGUCAAUAACUUUUCUCAUCCACCCCCACUUGGACAAAUGGCGUACAACUCUUCGUAUUACCCUGGAUACGCCAAUUACAAUACCUAUGGUGUGUCUACGGGACUGUCUUCAACAGCCGUAUACUCUCCGGCAUACAGUGGCUACUCGACAACCCCCUCUGUUGGAUCUCAUCAUUAUUGCCCUCCGUCCGGAUCCACCGGCUCUGGCUUGUAUGCAUCAAACUGCUAUGCUUAUCUACCUCAGAGAACUGCUCCUAACUCGUACGUCCCGCUCACUUACUACCCCACUACUCAGAGCAGCUCCUCUUCUCUACCGUUUGCUGAAAUGCCCUCCAGUUCGUUAAUGGCUUCCACUAAUAGCCGCACGGAACCUUUGGUGUGCAUACGAAGCUCCCUAACCAAACCCCUCUCCAGCUCGCAGAGUCUCCCUGACGACGAGGCUCACAUGUCACCUGAUUCCUCCUCUGUGCGUCGGUUGGAUAGUUUCCCGGUAGUCUCACUGUCGGGUCACAACAACUCGAGCAGUACAGACUCCGAGGCAGGUGGCGACCGAGACAGCUGUUCAGACAGGGAGCUAAGCGACGAAGGUGGCAUUGGAAGACGCGAGCUGAGGGGACAGUCUGGGAAGAAACAUUAAGUUGAAGACUGACUGGGUCCCCCCUUUUUUAAGUUUAUUAAUAAUUUUGUGAUAUGUGUGUGUGUGCAGUCUCCCAAACAUGUGCAAGUGGCAUGAACAGGUGCGCAUCUAUUAAUUUUCUACAUUGUAUAUUUUCUUUGCAUAAACGAUUUCAAUUUUGUAUUUAUAAAGUUUUAAUAGCUGUUUGUGUGCGUGUUCCAAUCAUUUUAAUAAGCCAACAACCAGGUUUUAUUCGAUCUCUUAUUUAUCACCCCCUGAUCAUUCUCCGACUUUAUUAUUGUUGUGUGAAUCAAAUAAUCAAUCAUUUUUCAUAUAAGAUGUAUACAUUAUAUUGUCAUAAUCAAA